AUGGAUUCGAUUCUUCUUCCAAAAGUUAUUGCUAAUCUACCAUGGUCAGAAGCCCGACUACUAUUACAAACAAAAUAUGAUUUAUCAAUUGAUGAAACUGCUGAAUUAUUUUGUGCUAAAUAUAUGCAUGACAGUCGAUUGUGGACACGCGGCACUGAAGAACAAAAAAUAAUUUUAACACAAAAUCGUGGUACAAUAUAUGAGAAACAACCACCAUAUCGUUUGGUUUGUUUACCAUUUUAUAAAUUUUGGAAUUAUAAUGAACCACUUUCUGCUGUUCAAACUGUUGGAACUGCUCAGUGGACAUAUUAUACAGAAAAAUUAGAUGGUUCAUUUUUUAAACUAUAUUAUUUCAACAAAGAAUGGCAUAUUAGUAGUAACAGUCGAAUUGAUAUAAAACAAUUUCGAGAAAAGUAUGUCCAUUGUGGUAAAACAAACGAACAAUUAUGGCAAGAAGCAGCAACAGAAGCUAAUCUUGAUUAUUCAAAAUUAAAUCAACAAUAUGCCUAUUUUUUUGAACGUGUUCAUCCCGAAUAUAAAAUCGUUAUAAAAUAUGAAAAACCAAUGUUGUAUCAUUUAGGUACGCGUGAUAUGUCUACUCUAGAAGAACUAGAAAUUGAUAUCGGUGUACGAAAACCUCGAGUAAUUCCAUUUUCAACAUUCGAUGAGUGUUUGGAAUAUGUGAACCGGAUGCGUUUUGCCGAAGGCGAAGGUAUAGUAGCCUGUGAUCUAAAAACAUAUGAUCGAAUUAAAAUUAAAAGUCCAUCUUACUUGCUUGUACAUUAUCAGACAGUUGGAAUGGAAAACAAAAAUAAACAAUCUCAAUUUUGUCUAAAUAUUUGGCUACAAGGUGAAAAACAAGAAUAUUUAACUUAUUUUCCUCAAUAUACGGAUAAAUAUAACCAAAUUGAACAGCAGAUUGAACAAGUGAUUAUUAUUGAUCUUAUUAGUGAUUUUUCCAGAAUUUAUAGUAGUGAAGAUAAGAUUUUCUUUACUAAUUUAAACAAAGAUCACGUGUCAAUGGGUAAGCCAGAUCUGGAUCGGAAAAGACAAAUAUUGAUCAUGAUUUUUCAACAAAAUAAAAACUGUGAUUGGAAUAGUCUAACGAACGAAGAAAAGUUUAUGGCUGUUCGAAACAUUUUGAGACAUCGAAAUAUGAUUAAUAACAGAAAAUUUACAUUUGAAAAAGCUCUACGCUCACUCAUCAAACAGUCGGAAAAUGAAAUCCACAGCUAG